AUGGACGAAGAGGAUCGGGAGACGGGUCGGCGGGUCUCAGGGGCGGAUGCGAGUGCUUCAGAGGAGGACGAGUAUACUGUCCUGACUGUUGCCGAGAAUAAGCUGACAAUACCACGACAGUACGAAUUCAUAAAUCAUAUCGGCAACGGAGCCUUCAGUCAAGUGGUGGAGUGUCAGAACAGAGACACUCGGGAAGCGGUGGUGGCUAAACUUCCCACCUUCAAGCAAGACACGAGGAAGGAGGUUCGUACACUGCGCCGCCUGAUGGAGCAGGGGGCGGACCAGAGCAACAUAGUGAAGUUCUUCGGGUCUUUUGAAACUCCUUUCGGCAAAGGCAUGAUCUUUGAAAAGCUGGACAUGAGUAUAGGGACGUUUUGGUGGAGGCAUCACCCUUUGCCCCUCUCAGAUAUUCGCACCAUUAUCCAACAGGUGGCUACAGCUUUGGAGGAGAUGUGCUUAAUCCACACGGAUCUUCACAUGGGAAAUAUCAUGAUCUGUGAUCAUAACCUGAGGCCUUUGACUCUCAAAGUCAUUGACUUUGGUUUGGCCGUGUCCACAGCCGAGGUCACAACAGACAUGAACAUCCAGCCUGUCGGCGUCAAGCUCCAGAAGUGAUUCUGGGGAUGAAGGUCAGUGAAGCUGUGGAUGUGUGGAGCCUGGCAAACCUGUUUGCCCUAAUGUUGAUACAGCGGAUAUAUUCCCUGACACAGAUGCACAUCAAAUAUUUGCAAACUUCUUUCCAACGCGCUUGACUGAAAAGUACACUUCACUCCGUCAUGUGGUAGAGGGCGAGUUGAAGUUGUGGAGCCUGGAGGACGACAGAGACACAGAAGCAGCCACACUGUUGCUCGGCCGAAUGCUGCAAGUCGACCACGACAAAAGAAUUACACCGUCUGAAAUCCUCCAGUCA